AUGCUGGAUCCACGUUCUCUCGUCGCCCAGGCGGAAAAGCUAGCCAAGCCACAGUCUGGCUUUAUGUCGUUUUUUUCUGGCGGCAACUCUUACCGUUUGGAAGAGGCCACUGACUUUCGUGUUCAGGCUGCCAACUCAUACAGAUUGAAGAAGGACUUUUCCAGUGCUGGUCUGCAGUUCUUGAAGGCAGCUGAGCUUCAGAAACAGCUUGAUAACCAGAAUGACGUGGCUAAUCAUCUUGUGGAGGCUUACAAGUGUUUCAAGCUGGUUUCUCCUACAGACGCUAUUGAUGCGUUGAAACAAGCGAUCCAUAUCUUUUUGACGCAGAAUGGUCAAUUCAGAAGAGCUGCUAAUUUUCAAAUGGACUUGGCGGAGUUGUAUGAGUCGAUAGAUGAUGUGAAUAAUGCUUCGGAAAGUUACGAGAAGGCAGGUGACUAUUUUUCCACCGAUCACGCUCCUUCUCUUUCAAACAAGGCUUUCUUGAAGUGUGCUGACUUGAACGCUCUUCUGGGUAACUACUUGAAGGCUCGUGAACACUACGAUACUGUGAUUAAGAACUCUUUGGGCAACCAGUUGACCAAGUGGAACUUGAAGGACUACUUCUUGAAGAACAUCUUGUGCACAUUGUGCGCUGACGAUAUCGUGGAGGCCCAGAAAAGAUCAGAAAACUAUGCCGAAGAAGAGCCUAGCUGGCCAUCUACUAGAGAAUACAAGUUGGUCGAGGACAUUUUGGCCGCCAUUGAGCUGGGCGACCUCCAGUCCUUCUCCGACAAGGUAUACGAGUUCGACCAGUUCACCAAGUUGGACAAGUUGAAGACACAGUUAUUAUUAAAGAUCAAGAACUCCGUGGUGGACCAGGAUGACGAAGAUUUGACUUAA